AAACAUGGACGAUUGGGAUGAUGGUGCUGCAGCACCAACACAGAGCAUUGGUGUAAGAGCAGAAGGCGGGAAGAAAUUCUCUUCCGGUAGAGGUUUCAAGGCUGUCGAAUCCAAUGAUGAUGAUUGGGGAACAAGUAACUCUGGUGAUACUGGGUUUGGAGGAAGCGGCGGCGGCGGCGGUGGAUGGAACAAUGAUGAUCAGUCUUCUGACAACUUCAGGAGUAAUAACCGUGGUAGAGGCGGCCGAGGAGGCCGUGGUGGUGGCCGCGGCGAGGGGAGGGGCCGUGGCGGAGGCGGCCGAGGUGGCGGGUUCAGAGACAGGGACGGAGACAGAAACGGCAACGAAAACGGCUACGGCGGUCGAUCGAAUGGCGGUGGCGGCGGCGGCGGUUGGGGCGAUUCCGGCGGAUCCAAAUCCAACGAAUGGGGCGAUUCUGGGGGACAGUCCAACGAUGGAUGGGGCGGCGAUUCGGGGGGGAAAUCGGACAGCUGGGGCGGCGGUAAUGACGAUGAAGGCUCUGGAGGCCGAGGCCGUGGCAGGGGAGGCAGAGGCGGCGGCGACCGUGGCCGCGGUCGCGGCAGAGGCGGCGGUGGCUUCAGGGGGGACAGAGACGGAGAGGAUGGGGGAUUCGGAGGAGGCGGCGGCGACGGCGAGAACAAGGAGGAGGUCAAGCGGGAGAUCUACGUGCCGGUGGAGCGGACCGCCGACGAGGAUCUUUUCACCUCCACGAUAUCGUCCGGAAUCAAUUUCAUCAAGUUGGAUGACAUUGAGGUUAAUGUCAGCGGCGAAGAUGUCCCUCCACCUAUGAUGUCUUUUGAAGCGGCAGGCUUAAGGCCCCACUUAUUAGAAAACGUAAAGAAGUCGGGGUAUUUGAAACCGACACCGAUCCAGAAGUAUGCCGUCCCCAUAAUAAUGGGCGGUAGAGAUCUGAUGGGUUGUGCCCAAACGGGUUCAGGAAAGACAGCCGCUUUUCUCCUUCCCAUGAUCAAUAAACUGCUCUCCAGUCAGGAGGGUCCUGUUGUUGAUGGUAGCACAAGUCAACCCAGAGUCGUAAUUGUGUCCCCUACACGUGAAUUGGCCAUCCAAAUAUAUGAGCAAGCUAAGAAAUUUGCUUACAAUUCGAUCGUGAAAACUGUUGUAGCUUACGGUGGGACGUCCGUCAGCUACCAGAAGAACCAUGUUUUGGCGGGAUGUCAUAUUUUGGUCGCAACACCUGGAAGGUUAUUAGAUUUCGUUAAACGUGGUCACGUUUCUUUCGCCUCGUUGCAAUAUUUCGUCCUUGAUGAGGCUGACAGAAUGUUGGAUAUGGGUUUCCUACCAAAUGUUGAACAGAUGUUGGGUGAUGCAUCAAUGACAGCAACGGGGGAGCGCCAAACCCUCAUGUUUUCUGCCACUUUCCCAGAGCAAAUUCAGCACCUGGCUGGCAAAUUCUUGCACAACUACGUUUUCAUAUGUGUGGGAAUAGUGGGAAGUGCUUCUACAGAUGUAGAGCAAGUUGUGUUCCAAGUGAGCAAGUUUGAUAAGAGAGAGAAGCUGAUUUCUAUGCUCAAAGAGGGCAACAAAGAACGAACGGUAGUGUUUGUGGAGACCAAACGAAACGCCGACUUCCUGGCCACGCUGCUCAGCGAGAACGACAUCAAGACCACCAGCAUCCACGGCGAUCGGCUGCAAAGGGAGCGGGAGCAGGCGCUGUGGGACUUCAAGAAGGGCAUCUGCAACAUCCUCGUGGCCACGGGGGUGGCCGCCCGCGGUCUCGACAUCGAGGGCAUCCAGCACGUCAUCAAUUACGAUUUGCCAAACAGCAUCGACGAGUACGUUCACAGGAUAGGUCGAACUGGGAGAGUAGGUAACAGAGGCAAAGCAACAAGUUUCUUUGAUUCGGCCCAUGAUUCAAAUUUGGCGCCAGAAAUAUCCAAAAUCUUGAAGCAAGCCGGACAGGAAGUUCCCGAAUGGCUUUCUAGCGGAGGAUUCUCAGCAGGUGGUAGUGAUUCCUUUGGUGGAAGAGAUAUUCGUGGGGGUGACUUCGGAAGGGCCCAAAACUUCGGGGCUCAACCGGCUGAACAAGAAGAGGAACAGUGGUAAAGACCGCAACUCAUCAAUGAUCCGCUUAAGAUUUAUGAUCUGCGUAAGAUUCACAAUCGGCUAGUGAUGCAGGUUUUCCUUAUUAUUUAGUGAUUUGAUAUUUUUUGUUUGUAGUGUUUUGACCAGUAUGAGUUUUCUACCUGUAUUCACAGACGAGUGUUGAUGUUAUUGUUUAAGUUUUUAUAGAAGUUGACAGGUGUUAUACCCGUUAGAGAAGUACCAGUUUUGUUUAUUAAACUUGUUUUUGAAUACGAAUGCUAAUUUUCAAUAUCUAAACCAUAUAACUGAUCUGUGAUACUAUACCUAGUGAAACCAAGAAGUUAUAUGGAUGUACUGAAUAUCAUGUUCCGAGAUAUUAAAUUUACUAUUUUUU